GGACGGGCGGGCAGUGCCGGGAUGAGCGGCGGGGAGGACGGCGGGGCCGGCCCGGGCCGGGGGCCGGCGGCCCAGGGUACCACCAAGGAAUAUGAGUUUGGUCUAGGGGCUCCAGUUUCUGAAGCUGAAAAAUACCAGAAUACACUCCAGCUAGAACAAGAAGUGAGAAAUCAAGAUAAAUUCAUCUUUACCCUCAAAUUACAGAUUGAAGAUCUCAAACAGAUAAAUCAUGGCUUGGAAGAAUAUGUUAGGAAACUCUUGGAUAGUAAGGAGGUGGUAAGCAGUCAAGUAGAUGAUUUGACCAACCACAAUGAGCAUCUAUGUAAAGAAUUGAUUAAAAUUGACCAACUAGCGAAGCAACUAGAAAGCGAGAAAAAUUUUGUGGUGGAUACCGCCGACAAGGAACUUGAAGAAGCAAAGAUUCAAUUAAUUUGCCAGCAAAAUAAUAUAAUAGUAUUGGAAGAUACAAUAAAGAGACUUAGAUCUAUAAUUUUAGAGACUGAAAAAGCACAAAAUAAAUCUCCUUCCAGACUUGAUUCCUUUGUCAAGGCUUUGGAAGCAGACAGAGACUACUACAAGAACGAAACUCAGCUUUUGAGAAAAAUGAUAAGAAGUAGAUCAAAAAGUCCAAGGCGCCCAUCUCCAUCGUCCAGGGGUACAAAUUGUGAUAUAGAGCUUAUGAAGUCAGCAAGGGAUCGUGAGGAACUUAAAUGCAUGCUGGAAAAAUAUGAACGUCAUUUGGCAGAAAUUCAGGGUAAUGUCAAGGUUCUUACAUCUGAGAGAGAUAAGACCUUUCUUCUUUAUGAGCAGGCACAGGAAGAAAUUGCUCGACUUCGACGAGAAAUGAUGAAGAACUGUAAGUCUCCUAAGUCAACCACAGCACAUGCUAUCCUGCGCAGGGUGGAGACAGAGAGAGAUGUGGCCUUCACAGAUUUACGAAGGAUGACCACAGAAAGAGACAGUCUGAGGGAAAGGCUGAAGAUUGCUCAAGAGACAGCAUUUAAUGAGAAGGCUCACUUGGAACAAAGGAUAGAAGAGUUGGAGUGUACAGUUCAUAAUCUUGAUGAUGAGCGUAUGGAACAAAUGUCAAAUAUGACUUUGAUGAAGGACACCAUAACCACUGUGGAAAAAGAAAUGAAAUCACUAGCAAGAAAGGCAAUGGAUACAGAAAGUGAACUUGGCAGACAGAAAGCAGAAAAUAAUUCUUUGAGAAUUUUAUAUGAAAACACAGAAAAAGAUCUUUCCGAUACUCAACGACACCUGGCCAAGAAAAAAUAUGAACUACAACUUACUCAGGAGAAAAUUAUGUGUUUGGAUGAAAAAGUUGAUAAUUUUACGAGGCAAAGUAUUGCCCAUCGAGAGGAAAUCAGCAUUCUUGGUGCAACACUUAAUGAUUUGGCCAAAGAAAAGGAAUGCCUACAAGCAUGUUUGGAUAAAAAAUCUGAGAAUAUUGCAUCCCUUGGAGAGAGUUUGGCAAUGAAAGAAAAGACCAUUUCAGGCAUGAAGAAUAUCAUUGCUGAGAUGGAACAGGCUUCAAGGCAGUCUACUGAAGCUCUAAUCAUGUGUGAACAAGACAUUUCCCGAAUGCGCCGACAGCUGGAAGAAACCAAUGAUGAGCUGGGCCAGAUUGCCAGGGAGCGGGACAUCCUGGCCCACGAGAACGACAACCUGCAGGAGCAGUUCUCUAAGGCCAAACAGGAGAACCAGGCACUGGCGAAAAAAUUGAAUGAUACUCACAAUGAACUUAAUGACAUAAAACAGAAGGUUCAAGACACUAAUAUGGAGGUUAACAAGCUGAAGAAUAUAUUGAAGUCUGAAGAAUCUGAAAACCGGCAGAUGAUAGACCAGCUCCGAAAAGCAAAUGAUGAUGCUGAAAAUUGGGAAAAUAAGGCCCGUCAAUUAGAGGCAGAUAACAAUACCCUCAAAUUGGAACUUAUCACUGCUGAAGCAGAGGCUAACAGGUUAAAAGAAAAAGUAGAUGCUCUUAAUAGAGAGGUCGAACAGCACUUAAAUGCAGAAAGAUCCUACAAAUCUCAGAUUGCUACCUUACACAAGUCUCUCAUGAAGAUGGAAGAGGAGCUUCAGAAGGUUCAGUUUGAAAAAGUUUCUGCCCUUGCAGACCUCUCCUCCACGAGGGAGCUUUGUAUUAAACUUGACUCCAGCAAAGAACUUCUUAAUCGACAACUGAUUGCUAAAGAUCAAGAAAUAGAAAUGAUGGAGAAUGAGUUAGAUUCUGCUCGUUCUGAAAUAGAACUCCUUAGGAGUCAGAUGACAAAUGAGAGAAUCUCCAUGCAGAAUCUAGAAGCUCUGCUAGUGGCCAACAGGGACAAAGAAUAUCAGUCUCAGAUAGCGCUGCAAGAAAAAGAGUCCGAAAUUCAGCUUCUCAAAGAACACCUUUGUUUGGCAGAAAAUAAAAUGGCCAUCCAAAGUAGAGAUGUUGCCCAGUUCCGAAAUGUUGUUACACAGUUAGAAGCUGAUCUGGACAUCACCAAGAGACAGCUAGGAACUGAGCGCUUUGAAAGGGAGAGGGCGGUGCAAGAACUUCGCCGCCAGAAUUUCUCAAGCAAUGCCUAUCACCUGAGUUCCUCACUAAAACAGAAUGCCAAAUGUCAUUCCCCAGAGCGUGUUCACCAUCGCUCUCCUGACCGAGGCCUAGACCGAUCAUUAGAAGAGUAAGAAUCUUUGCUAUAGAGAUUUCUGACAUGCAAAAAGAUUCUUCACAUCCUUGGGAAAGGUCAAAGUUAAAAACUGAUUUUUUCUAUAUGAUUGCAUUUAUCUUUGAAUGCUUAACAAUGUUGAAUGUACUUCAUGCCUCUGAAUUUCUGUUCUCCUGUGCCAUAUUGCAGUGAUCUGAAAUGUCUUAUGAGCCAAAAAUGCAUAUGGCUUUUUCUAUCCACACAGUAAUAGUGAGUGUAAAAUCUGCUUGCUUCACUAUUAAUAUUAUUUUGUCAACUAUCCAAAUCAAAUAAAGAAAAUUAUAAAAAGAAGGAAAAGUAUUUUUACAAAAUGGAUUUCCUUUCCUUUCUCAAUACUUAAAUAAUUGGUUAGUAAAAAAUUUUCUUUGUGAUUCAUACUUUCAUGGCUUGAGAAGUUAUGCCAGUUUACCAAUACUUGCCUGGGACCUAACAUUCCAUUGUGGAACCAGCCUGACAUAAUUUCCAGGCCAUAAUCAGACUUCAAAGCAGCAGAUAGUAAGAAUAUGUCAGCAUUAAAAACUCCAUAGUAUUGUACCUUUAAAUAACAUACAUUUUCUACAAUUGUGUUUGCCCUACUAUUUUUAGAAAGGUAGGUGAUGCUAUCCAUGUUUAGAAUGUGAGCUUUUUUAAAAUCUGUAUUUUAAAUAAGUUUUCUUUAAAAUAUUAAAGUAUUGCAAUCAACUUAAUUGCCAUUUUAUUUAUUUUUGCCUAUAAUAGUUAUAUAUAAUGUAGAAUAAUAAGUUUAGUCAUGUUUCAUUAUUUCCUCUAAAGUCUCUUAAAUCUCUUACCUUUUCUGUCCACAGAUGGAUUUAAUGUUGAUAUUACAGCCCGAACACUACUGUAUUUUACUGAUGCUUGUAUUCUUGCCAUUUAAUA